CGGGGCGGGCGGGCGGCAUGGCGAAGCAGUACGACAUGGUGGAGUGUCCCUUCUGCGACGAGGUGUCCAAGUACGAGAAGCUCGCCAAGAUCGGGCAGGGCACGUUCGGGGAGGUUUUCAAAGCAAAGCACCGUCAGACGGGCAAGAAGGUGGCGCUGAAGAAGGUGCUGAUGGAGAACGAGAAGGAGGGGUUCCCCAUCACAGCCUUGCGAGAGAUUAAAAUCCUGCAGCUGCUCAAGCACGAGAAUGUGGUGAACCUCAUCGAGAUCUGCAGGACCAAAGCCUCUCCUUACAACCGCUGUAAGGGAAGCAUCUACCUUGUGUUUGAAUUCUGUGAGCAUGACCUGGCCGGCCUUCUCAGCAACGCUCAYGUCAAGUUCACGCUCUCGGAGAUCAAGAAAGUUAUGCAGAUGCUGCUGAAUGGGCUUUACUACAUCCACAGGAACAAGAUCUUGCAUCGGGACAUGAAAGCUGCGAACGUCCUCAUCACRCGGGACGGUGUCCUGAAACUCGCAGAUUUUGGGCUGGCUCGAGCUUUCAGCUUGGCUAAAAACAGCCAGCCAAACCGCUACACCAACCGGGUGGUGACUCUGUGGUACCGCCCGCCAGAGCUGCUCCUAGGGGAGCGUGACUAUGGCCCCCCCAUUGACCUGUGGGGCGGAGGCUGCAUCAUGGCAGAGAUGUGGACCCGCAGCCCCAUCAUGCAGGGGAACACGGAGCAGCACCAGCUCACCCUCAUCAGCCAGCUCUGCGGCUCCAUCACGCAGGAGGUUUGGCCGAACGUGGACAAAUACGAGCUGUACCAGAAGCUGGAUCUCCCCAAGGGCCAGAAGCGCAAGGUCAAGGACCGCCUCAAAGCCUACGUCAAAGACCCCUACGCGCUGGACCUCAUCGACAAGCUGCUGGUGCUGGACCCCGCGCAGAGGAUCGACAGCGACGACGCGCUGAACCACGACUUCUUCUGGUCGGACCCUAUGCCCUCGGACCUCAAAAACAUGCUGUCCACCCACAACCAGUCCAUGUUCGAGUACCUGGCCCCACCACGCCGACGGGGUGGGCACAUGCCCCAGCAGCCAGCUAACCAGGGCAGGAACCCCACUGCCACCAACCAGACCGAGUUUGACAGAGUGUUUUGAGUGAGGCCUUCCUCAGCGGGGUCCUGCGGGCUCCCCAUGGGGUGCUUUGAACGGGGACAUCCUAGCAGGGCCCGCCUGUCUGGGAAGGGACUUACUCCAAGGCAAACUGCCUGCUGGUUUUAACCCCGUUGUCUCUUCUUUCUGCACGGCCGCUCUGUUGCAGCGGAGCUGCGGCGGGCGAGCUGUGGGACUGUGAGUGGGGAGGCGAGACACGCGAGCCCGGGGUUUUCUCUGCUGCUUUGGCCCGGAGCCUCGCCCCCCGUGAUGCAAUCUGUGCGUCGGUUACGGCAGUUUUGUGGAUCGAUUGUUAMGGACCUAGUGACAGAGAAGGUGGCUCAGUGGUUGCCAGAGCAAAUGGUGCUGUGGCCAGCAAGCCUGGGGGAGCAGCUGCCAGGGACCACACGGGACCUAUCGGGAGCUGUCUCAGAUUCCAGUUGGUUCUAGCUUCUUCAUGACAUUUCCCUUGAGCGCCCUUUGAAGGGUUAAUGUAGCACGAGGCAGGUCCCUCUGACUAAGGUGGGUGGUGCAGGCGGAGUUGCUCUAGGCAGCAAGACUAACUCUCACUGGAGACUCAGUCCUGGACCAGAAGGGACUUUCRGUGCAAACCAGAGCAGUGGGUGCUGACGCCUGGCUGCCCCACAAAGCCCGGGUUUAGGGCGGAUCCGUCUCCAUAACGGCCCUCACUCCGCAGCUGUGCUUUUUUUUUGUUGUAAACCACAGUGAAGAUUCCCGCCCAGCCUCCGGCGUGCGUUUCCCACAGCGCUAUCCACGACAGGGCCGUGCUGCCCUCAGUCUGGGGAUGCUGCAUUCCCAGCCGGACGGGCGCACGGUGGGCACUGCCACAGCUUGCCAAGACCAACCUGCAGGUAGCAAGUGCUCCUUCAGGCUGCUGCAGCCACCCAGUUCCCUCUGAACGUKUAGUCUUCCACAGCUGUCAGCUGCAGCUGGGUCUUUUCUCUGUAAGCCACAGGGGUCCCAAGUCUUUCUUUUUAAAAGUAACGUGUCCAACACGCACUGGAUGAUAACCUUUGGUAUUUGGUAGGUUGUCCGUUAACCAGACUAAUGGCAAAAGCCACGUUGCUUGCGGGAGAUCGUGGGGCAGGGAGCGGUGCUGAGCGGACUGUUGUCAGAACAGAAAGUGAAGAUGAUAAAGGACGUC